UUUAAAAUAAACGGGUUAAUUUAAUCAUAUUAUCUUAAAAAUAAUUUUUAAAAACAAGUUUAGAAAACAACUCCUAUAAUGUUAAGCAGUAUUAAAAAAAUUUAAAAACAAAAAAUUAUUUUUAAAUCCCAUGCGCAAACAAGUAAAGAUUUUCAAACAAUAAUAUGUUUAUCCAUUUAAAUUCACAAUCCCAAUUUCAACUUCAUUUUUUAUCAAUAAAAAUAAAAGUUUAUUUUAUUCAAAAUUUUUACAUUCUUUUGUGUAUAAAGAAUUUUCAUUAAAAGAGGGAAGAGAAAAGCGCAAGGAACACGCUGCCUAUCCGUUGCUUACUCGGUUACUCCCCUCCCCUUAACUACCUACUUUCCUCGAGUCACGUUUCUUUCUUACAAAAUUGAAGUUUAUUUUAUUCAAAAAAUUUAUAUUUUUUAUAAAUAAAUUUUAAAAAACACAAAGAUUUUAAAAGAAUUUAAAAAAUAAAUACAAAAAUAUAAUAUUUUUUUAUUACUUAUUUUAUUUUUUUGGAAUGAAUCGAUCUUUCUUGAUAAUGUUUGAUAAAUCAAUUUAAUAACUUAAAUAAUUUAAUAACUAUUAAGUUAUUAAGUAAAUUAAGUAUGUUUGAUAAAAAAAAUAUAAUAAUAUGAUUUAAAGUAAAAAAUAAUUUUAAGUAAUAAAUAAAAAUAAUUAACUUGUUCAUUCACAUUUUUAUUUUAUUUUUUUACUUUUAUUUAUUUUAAUUAUCUUUACAAAUUUUUUUUAUUAUUGCAUAAUAUUCGUCAUUUACCCAAAUUAUAAUUGAUAUGAUAAAUAUAUCAAUUUGAUAAUUUAAAAUAAAUUUUAAAUGAAUUUUAUAAAAUAAUCUUAAUUCUUAAAAUAAAAAUUAAGUAAUAAAUUUUAGAUUAAUAACUUAAAUAAAAUUUAACUUAAAUGAAUUAAGUUAUUAUUACUUGUUAAGGAAGUUAAGGAAGAAAAGGAAAGAGAAAAGCGCAAGGAACACGGUGCCUCCAAAACACACGCUUGCCGUUGCUUUCUCCUUAGUCCUAACGACCCAAUUUCCGCCAGUCACGCCCACGGCGUAUCCUCUUUCGUUCUUUUUUCCUUAUUUAAAGCCCCAACCUAAUCCUCCUCACAAGCUUGAAUUGUGUACGUUUUGGCUGCUGAGAAAAUUUUGUUUACUGACCCAUAUACAAAAAAUGGACCUUGAAUCAGUGAGAGACUCUUUGAUCAGGCAAGAGGAUACCAUCGUUUUUAGCCUCAUUGAGAGGGCCAAAUUCCCCAUCAAUUCUUGGGCCUACUCUCCCCCUCAGAAUGGAGUUGAUGCAUUUUCUGCCUCUUCUUUCCUUCACUCCUUUGUCAGGGAAUCCGAGGCUCUUCACGCUAAGGCCGGUAGAUAUGAGAACCCAGAAGAAAAUCCCUUUUUCCCAGAUGAUUUACCACCUUCAAUGGUGCCAACCCAUGAUUAUAAGCAGGUUUUGCAUCCUGCAGGCUCUUCCAUUAAUGUAAACAAGACUAUAUGGGAUAUAUACUUAAACAAACUGCUUCCAUUGUUUGCUGCUGAGGGCGAUGAUGGCAACUAUGGACUAACUGCAGCUUGUGAUCUUGCAUGUUUGCAGGCCAUCUCUAGAAGGAUUCACUAUGGAAAAUUCGUGGCCGAGGUUAAAUUCAAGGAAUCCCCAGAAGAAUAUGGGCCUGCAAUCCAUGAUCAGGAUAGAGCAGGUCUGAUGAAAAUGUUGACAUUUGAGGCAGUAGAAGAGAUGGUGAAGAAAAGGGUGGAGAAGAAAGCUACGGUUUUUGGACAGGAAGUUAACCUUAGUGACAAUAGCAAAAGCAAAGAAACCUAUAAAGUCGAUCCCUCCGUGGUUUCUCGGCUGUAUGAAGAAUGGGUGAUGCCACUCACCAAGCAAGUCCAAGUUGAGUAUCUUCUUCGCCGCCUUGACUGAAAUCCUGGGGAGUAGUUUGUAUGCAUAAUUUUGAUCAAUUUGAUGAUCAAGUAAUACUUCUUGUUGCAAAAUAAAAUGCAGUUGAUGUAUUUGCCAAAAGAUAUCUCUGUAUUUGCUGAUGAAGAACCAUCAAAUUUUAUAUGAAGAUGUAUUUAGGCAUAUGGCAUUAUAUUUGUGUUACAAAUAUAUGAAUAAAAAGAAAGUUUCAUUACAAA